AAUUAUGGUUUCAUUAGUGUCAACCGAAUCCUCGACGUUUCGGCAAUAGGCGAAUGCCUACAGCCAAGGUUGCUCAUCCUACCUAUUUCAAACGAAGAAGAUACCUAUUUUGGUUGUCUCUGCCUUUUAGUUUUUAUCUGGUUUCAAGUUUGUGGUUGUUAGUAUAUGUGAUUAUCAAAAUAAUGACUACAAGAGAGAGUGGUACAUCCAGGAUAUUACGUUCCAUGAUUACACCCGAACAGAAGCACUUGGAAGAGGAACGAAAAAAACAAGAAGUGGAGGCAAAACUUAACAGACCUUUUCUAAAAUACGAUGGAAAAGUCACAUACAAUACCACUUUUAAUGACUGUGCCUAUACCUGUGACAAUUUGCUAAAUUGGCUUAAUCAGUCUGAACAUCAAGAAUGUGUGGUGGGGUUUGAUAUGGAAUGGCCCUUCAGUUUCAAGAUGGGAGCAGGAAAAACCGCUUUGUUACAGAUAAGUCCUGAUUUGGAAAGAUGCCACCUUUUACAUUUAUCCAGUAUGACAAAAUUGCCAAAAGCUCUGGUUGAACUAUUACACCAUCCAAAAUUAAGGCUAACCGGAGUUAAUAUUAAGAAUGACAUUAGAAAACUUUGCAGAGAUUUUAAAGAAUUUGAUGCUAACAAACUUUUACCCAACUGUAUUGAUUUAGGUGUGCUUGCCAGUACAAUAUUACCUGUAACUGGACGGUGGAGUAUGGAAAAGCUAGUAGAUUACAUUCUCAAAAUGAGAAUUGAUAAGAACAAAAAGAUUAGAAUGAGUAAGUGGCAUAUUGUUCCCUUAAGCUGCCAUCAACAAAAUUAUGCAGCCAUUGAUGGAUAUGCAUCAUUGUUACUUUAUCAGGAACUAAUUAAACUAAAGUCAUCAGAUGAAAACAUAAAUAUAUUGAAUAUUUCUUAAUAAUUUGCAUAUUCAAUUUUAAUAUUUUUAUACAUUUGCAUGUUAUAUAUUUUGUAUCUUAUAUAUCGAUGUUUUAUUAACUUAUAAUCAAGCCCAUGAAAC